UGGGCGCAGCCAACGUCCUGGGGGGCAGCUUCUGAGGGCCAGGUACCUCCUCCCACUCCUGGGAUCGCUUCUCCCUCCUCCUUCACACCCCCGCCCCCGGGACCGCGGCGCUCCCUCCCCGCACCGGCCAGUGAGUACACAAAGCGGCGGGUGAGGGGAAGCUUCGCAGGCGUGCACGGAGCAGUGAGAUCACUGGCGUUAUAAAUAUCCCGGUGCCAGCGCCGAGAUCCGCUCGGGUGGCCUCUCUCUCUCUCCCUCUCUCUCUCUCCCCCUCUCCCUCUCCCUUCCCCGAGGCUAUGUCCACCCUGUGCGGCGAGGGAGGCAGCGCCAGAGGCACGCAGCAGCGCGGGGGCUACGGAGCCCGGAGCCAGCCCUGCAAGAUGCACUUAGGACCCCCGCGGCCGGAAGAAUGAGCUUGUCCUUGCUCUUCCUCCUCUUCAGCAGCCACCUGAUCCUCAGCGCUUGGGCUCACGGGGAGAAGCGUCUCACUCCCGAAGGGCAACCCGUGGCUCCGAGGAACCCGGGAGACUCCAGCGGCAGCCGGGGCAGAAGUAGCACGACGUCCUCCUCGUCUUCUGCCUCCUCCCCAGUCGCGGCUUCCCCGGGCAGCCCGGGAAGCGGCUCGGAGCACAGCAGUUUCCAGUGGAGCCCUUCGGGGCGCCGGACCGGCAGCCUGUACUGCAGAGUGGGCAUCGGCUUCCAUCUGCAGAUCUACCCGGAUGGCAAAGUCAAUGGCUCCCACGAAGCCAGUAUGUUAAGUAUUUUGGAAAUAUUUGCUGUGUCUCAGGGGAUUGUAGGAAUACGAGGAGUUUUCAGCAACAAAUUUUUAGCGAUGUCAAAAAAAGGAAAACUCCAUGCAAGUGCUAAAUUUACAGAUGACUGUAAGUUCAGGGAGAGAUUUCAAGAAAACAGCUAUAAUACCUAUGCGUCCGCCAUCCACAGAACUGAAAAGACAGGGCGGGAGUGGUACGUGGCCCUGAAUAAGAGAGGGAAGGCCAAGCGAGGCUGCAGCCCACGGGUGAAACCCCAGCAUGUCUCCACCCACUUCCUACCCAGAUUCAAGCAGUCUGAGCAACCUGAACUUUCCUUCACGGUCACUGUACCAGAAAAGAAAAAGCCACCUCGCCCAGUCAAGCCAAAGGUCCCCCUGUCCCCACCUCGCAGAAGUCCCAGCCCAGUGAAGUACAGAUUGAAGUUUCGAUUUGGAUGAUGCUCAUCUCAGCCUUGUGGGAAACCGAUCUUCCACCUCAGGACCUUCUACAGGCAUCAUGGAGCCCUGAAGGAAACCUUCGGACGCAGUGUCCCUCCGUCCAUCCGCUGUGCUUACACGUGUGGAAGUCAGGUCAUUGUUUCACUUUGGAACAAAACUGCUUUAUUUUUUUAUUUUUAUUUUAUUUUAUUUUUUUUAAAUUUUAAAUAGACACAGAAAUGGGAUUCUCUGUAACGAUCCAGGGAACACAUCCUUUCUGCUCAGUAAGGUAUAAAGACUUCGUGAUUAGAGGAUGAUUAGCAUUCUACAUAUUUAGAAUGUUCCAUAACCUGGACUAUAUGUAUUUUUGUGAUUUUUUUACAAAUCAACCUGAAAGAACAAACAUGAUGCAUUUUUUAUUUUUGUUUUCCAAAGAAUAUUUUAAUGCAGAUAAAAUAUUUUAUAAACUUUUGUUUUUUUAAGGUACCUCUACAUUGAGCAUAUUUUCUUACUUUUAUUAUUUUAAUGUGCCACAAGCAGUCCAUUUAUUGCUGUUCAUGGAUUAUAAACAUUGAUUGAUUGUCUGGUAGCAUGAGGCUCUCCUUUGCAUUUUUUUCUUUAUUGCAUUGUUUACUUUGUUGUAGCCAUACCUCAAGCCACCUAAAUUUAGUUCUACAUUUUUAAAAUGUUUAAAUGUGCUUCCACAGCCCCAGAGGCUCAGCUGGAAUGUGUGUAUUGUGUAUUAAGUCACGGCGUUCUGAGGAAUCCUGCCACGUCAGUGGCUGGGCUCUCAUGAUUAGAAGGAGGACAAUAUGAGAACGUUCUGAUGGAUUUGAAGGUUGGAUGUAAAGAAAAGGAUGGAGGCAAAAGCACAGGAAGUGUGCAGCAUCUGUGGCGAUCUCAUUCCGUCUCUUCUGCGUCUCCUUUUACCUGCCCUCAUUCAAGAACAGCUGAAGGAAUACAUUUUAUCCUGUCCAUCAAGUAUACACCGUGAAACUGGAGUGCUUACAAACACUUCUGACUCUAGUUAUCCUUACUGUACAGACCCACAGAGUGCAACUAAUCAGGGUGUGCGCGUGCGUGGUGGGAGCGUGUGUGCAUGUGUGUGUGUGUGUGUGUGUGUGUGUGUGUGUGCGCGCGCGCGUACGCGUGCUUGUGUGUAGAUGAAUCACUGGCCAGGUAUUCGUGUUGAGACUCAUGGUCAAAAAUACUCCUAUUAUUCAAUUAAAUACCUUUGAGCUUUCUAUCCUAAAGGUAAGGAGUGCAGCAAGUGAGUCUGCUCUGCUAUAAGAAAAUCUGAUGUCAUCAGACACAGGAGCUUAAUCUGGGAAUUUGAUACGUUGAAAAUGACACUUCAUUCUCAACUCAAAUGCCAAACACUGAAUGGGAAUCACAGAAAGUUUAACUUACAAAGAGUUACAAAAUUUAUUUUCUUGGAUAAUGAUUUUUAUGGAGAUCUAUGAAAUACAAGUGUUCAUCUUAUAUUCAUAAAUGCUGCAAUAAAAAUGUGCAUAUGACCAUUAGCUGUGUGUCUUUCAUAGAGCAGACACAUUCAUACAAGUCUGUGCCUUAUACUCCUGUAUAUUGGAGGAAUACUGAUAAACAUUUUACUUAAAGCAAAGUAUGGUUUACUCUGGUACACACACUAAGACACAUCAAAAUUGAACCCAGUACCCCACAUACAGGUUGCAUUGUUUUAAUGGGAACAAACUGUACAUGUAUAUGUUAUGUGUAAUAUACCCAGAAUGAAAACAUCACACAUGCAGUCUAGAAGUUGGUUAUAAAGCCAAUAAUUUCACUAGGUACCACACUUAGCACAUGAUUUUUUUUAAAGUAAUGAAUUGCUCCAAAUUUUAAUUAGCAUGUACUUUAGAAGACUCUUGAUUUAAAUGAGACAGUGGCAUUUUGCACAGAACAGGUUCCAUCAAACUCCUGUAGCGUUACUACAUGGCCUUACCUACAAAGGACAAUGAUACAAACCCUCUUCUAGCUUAUUUAAAUGUCCUGUUAAAAAUUGUGAACUAUUUAUCCAGUUAUUAGACUACACAGAGAAGCAGAGAUUAGGAAUCCUGUUAAUAAAUGGGGAAGAAGCAGAUGACAGUUAACAAAUUAAUAUAUGCACCAAAUCAACUAAAUACCACUCACACUUUAUACCAAGAAGUGUAGCUUAUCUUGCACUUUGAGUUUGAUUUAAUUAACAUAUGAAGGUUGAAUUAGGAGAGUAACCAAAUAUAUAUUAUAUUCAAGUCAAGACUCAUUAAUUUCAGAAUUUAGAGCCAUACUGAAAUUGAAAAAAUAAAUUAAAUUACACUUAUCUGAAGUUUACUGGCAAUAUACGGUUAUAUUUAA